AUGGCGAAUCUCGUUCCUGGUGUCCUCCUCAAGCUUCUACAGCACAUGAACACGGACGUGAAAGUUGGGGGCGAGCACAGAUCAUCUCUGCUGCAAGUGGUGAGCAUAGUCCCUGCACUUGCUGCUGGUGAGUUGUUCCCAAACCAAGGCUUUUACCUCAAGGUCUCUGAUUCAUCUCACGCCACAUAUGUGUCCCUCCCUGAUGAGCACGAUGACCUCAUUCUUAGUGAUAAGAUCCAAUUGGGUCAGUUCAUUCAUGUGGAGAGGCUUGAACCCGCCUCACCUGUCCCCAUUGUGAAAGGGGUUAGGCCAGUUCCGGGUCGGCACCCUUGUGUGGGCACCCCUGAGGAUAUUGUGGCAACUCAUUCUCUCGGGUUUCUUAAUGGCAAUAGCUCUUCGAGUUCGAAAAAUGGGGAGAGAGGGAAACCUUCUGCUGAUUCGAAAGUUCUGAUUGCUAGUAAAAAUGUAACCAGUGAGAAGGGCAAAAUGUCACCGGUUAGAUUGAGUGUAGGGUCUAGAGAUGAGCAAUCGGAUAAAAGAUCCUUGGCGCUCAGUAGAUCAAAGGCUCAGUUAACGAAACCGGGGUUGACCGUUGAGGUGAAGAAGGAAUCUCUGGCGAGGAUGAAGUCAUUGAAUUCUCGGUCGAUUCCUUCCUCUCCAUCGAGCUGUUACUCAUUGCCUACUUCUUUUGAGAAAUUUGCAAAUGGGAUGAAGCAGCAGGCUGAGAUAAAGGGGUUGAAGAAGGUGGCUGCGAAGUUGGGGUCAGCGGAGAAGGCCAGUUCAGUUCGAAGUGUGAGUCCGGUUAGGAAGAAGUUGCCUCGAGGAAGCCCCAUCAAGGAUUUGCUCCAAGGGAUUGAAUACGGGGCCAAGGCAUUAAGGAAGAGCUGGGAAGGCAACAUUGAGCUGAAGAACAAAGACAAGUCGAAACUGACUGCCCCCAAGCAUGAUCAUAAGCCUGAAUCUCGGAGUGCCUCUGCUCCGCGGAAAAGUACUUCAAGCGAGAGAUUACCAUCAAAAGACGAAAAUAAAGUGGUGCCUGCAAGGUUAUCUAAAGAGGUAAACACUGUUCACAUGUCAGCAAAAGAUGUUGCUGGAAGUGGUAAUGGAUUAACGGACGAUCAUGGAAAAUCUCUUAAGCAAAGACCAAUAGUGAGGAAAUCAACGACGGAAUCUAAUAACGGAUUACCAGGGAACUUUGUCAGGGUUUCUUUGAAUAGCAGGAGACUGACAGAUGGAAAUGUUGCAUGGGGUUCCCUUCCAUCUUCUCUUGCGAAGCUUGGGAAGGAGGUAAUGAAGCAUAGGGAUGGGGCACAAGUAGCAGCAAUAGAGGCUAUGCAGGAGGCUUCUGCUGCUGAGAGCUUACUUCGAUGCUUAAGCCUGUACACAGAGCUGACAACAAAUGCAAAAGAGGAUAAUCCACAACCUACGGUGGAGCAAUUCUUAACCCUCCAUGCAAACCUAAACAAUGCUCGCACCAUUGCUGAUUCUCUUACCAAAACCAUCACGAUGGGAUCAUCUCCCACUAGUGAAGAGACCCCGCCAGAAGAGGCCCUGAAGACGACAGCAGAGAAGCGAAAGCUUGCAGCUUCAUGGGUACAAGCAGCUUUAGCCACAGAUCUUUCAUCCUUCAGUGUAUAUACUAAAGAACCUAUCUCGAGUUUGGGUCCGAAUCCGGCUCAAACCCAAAAGGUUGCAUCUGGAAACCAACAACCUGUCGUACUCCUAGGGAGCUCGGGAAAGAACGAUGCCGCCAAAACACCGGCCAAAACCCGUGCAAAGCUGGCAGGACCUGCAACUUCACGGCGGGUUGGGGACGCUGCUUCCAAUGGCACGAAAUUACAAGCUCCGCCUUUAUUAGAAUGGGAAAGAGGGAAUGGCCUCGAUGAGACAGUCGACUUGGCCGAGGUGCUGAAGGUGGAGUCAAGAGAUUGGUUUCUGGGGUUCGUGGAGAGAUUUUUAGAUACUGACGUGGACGCAUCAGUUCUGUCUGAUAAUGGUCAGAUAGCAGGGAUGCUGAGUCAGCUCAAGAGUGUCAAUGACUGGUUGGAUGAGAUCGGUUCGACUAAAACAGAUGAAGGGGAAGCACAAACACCGGGCGUUUCUGGUGAGGUCAUCGAUAGGUUGAGAAAGAAGAUCUACGAAUACCUCCUAACGCAUGUUGAAUCAGCUGCCGCUGCUCUCGGAAAUGGACCCACCCAGUCUUCCCCUCUCGUCCCUUCAAUGGAGCCAAAGUCGAGACGGUAACGGGGCCAGUUCCAUUAGUCUGUAGUGUCCUGUUAUGUGUAUAUACAGUCCAACAUGGGUAUUGAGGUAUAGGUGGAGCAGCCGCUAGCCACGGGCGAUUAUCAAAUUGUGAAGUUUCGGGUCACACUGUUUUUAUGUAUCUAUUUUCGUUCCUCUUUUAACAGGAAGAAGGGGGGCUUUGUUGAAUUCGAUGGAGCAAAAUGAAGGAUUUUUUGUAUACUGAAACCAUACAAAUCGAACGGCUUGUGUGGAGAUGAUGUAAUGUUUGACAUGAAUGAGUCAAUACUCUCCCUGGUGAAUGUUUUCAAAA